AUGGGGCUGCGGGCGGCGCUCGCCGCGCUCCUGGCGCUGCUCGCCGCGGCGGCCGCGGGCGGCAACGGCAGCGGCGAGGGCUUCGUGGCGGCGGAGCCCGGCGGCGGGCGAGCGGAGCCGGGUCUGAAUGCCACCGUGCCCAGGGAAGUAGAGUCUGGAGUAUGCACAGUUACAUGUGGGAUCGGCAUUCGAGAAGUUCUGUUAACCAGUGGAUGCCCUGGGACUGAAACAAAAUGUAUUGUCCGUGUGGAGGAGUGUCGGGGACAAGUAGACUGUGGAUGGGGAAAACCAAUUUCUGACAGCCCUGCCAGCGUGAAGAUGCCUUGUAUUUUUAUACCUCCUGAAAAUCGAUUUAAAUAUGUUUGGAAGAUGUUAAUUCCAAACCAGCCAGCACUCAUUCUUCCCAAUGAUUCAGCUAUUAUGGAAGUACACAGAGAUACCCAUCCAAUUACUUUCCAGUGUGAGACUCAAGAAAAGGGAAGUGUAAUUGCCUCUGUAAAAUACACAGUCUACACUACAGCUGAACUGGAAACAAAACCACCAAGGAACACAAAGACAGAUAUAGUUCUGAUCUUUUCCCUGGUGACCGGAAUCAUUGUGAUUGUUGGUGUGAUCUUUGUAUUAAUCUUUAUAAUUCUUCACCGGGCUGCUUUAAAAAAUAUUUGGGAAUCAAAAUUUGGGAAAGACAGCAAAGACAAACAGGUGUCCAAAAAAGAUUCACAAAGAAAUGUGGAAGAAACAGCCCCCUGCUCAGGGUCAGGAUUGGCUUUGAAAGGAAGUGGAGCCUCUGCACCUGGAACGUCAGCUACAGUGUUCUCACCAUCUGAACAAAAGACAGCACAAGAAAUGCCACAGCCCUCACCCACAGAGAAUGAAGUACAGGAGCCCACCCAGGACUGGCAAAAUGAGGAGAAUUAGAAAAAAAGACUGGGUUAGAUAGAUAUAUGAUAUAAAAAAGAUUAAAUAUGCUUGAGAUGCUGAUUUUAAGAAGUGCUUUUUAUAGUUCAUUCACUGGCAUGGAUGGCUGAACUUUAAAUGAGAUGGGUAAAAGUACUUCUCUUUUAAGGUGGGCAUCACUCUCCAGGUAAUUUCAUGAUCUGAAAACCUCUGAACUGGAGCACUAGAGCCAGGUUUUUGGGAGGAUCUUGAAAAUGAUGUAUUCUCUAAGUUGGUGAUUGAUACAGUUUAGGCAAAGACCAUCCUUUGUAAAAUGCCCAUUAUCUCAGUGUUGAUCUUCAGACACAGCACCUAGUAUGUAAUCACUAUGAUCCAGUUUCUCCUUGACACCUGGAAGGGUAUAUAACGAUACAAAAGAUACCGAAAGUUACUUCGUAAGUUUGAUUAUAUUUGUGCUUACACAUCUGUACAUCUAGCCAUUUUUACCAACGAAAGGAUCAAAAUUUGUGAACAGAAGAACAGCCCCUUUGAGUCACACCAAAGGUUUGUCGAUAUCAAUUGCCAAAAAAGGAUGCCUAGGGAAGAGUAAGGAACACGACAAGCUUGUAUGAUGUUCUCCCCAUGUACUCUUCCAGCCUCCAGCUAUUUGCAUAUUUUUAAGUCUAUUGCAAUUUCUAAGCAGUUAGCAAUCUUGCAUAGACUUCUUUUCCAUUAAUUGUUCAGUGUCCCUUUGUACCAAUGUAAACUACUGUCAUGUACAAUGUGGACAAGGAGUUCCACAGCACAACUAUAUCUGUUUUCCAUUUUUAACUACUUGCCAGCUUCUUUUGCCGCACCUCUUCCUGAAAAGACAGUGAACUGCCAUUCCCCAUCAUGUUCCUUCUGCUGCGGAUGAUCGCUUAGAUGCCUGUUAUGUUCCCCUGGUUAUUUGCUUUCUAGACCAAAAAGUGCAGCCUUACUUAAGAAUUCUUCACCCACAACUUAUUCUAUACUUCUAACCAACCGUGCUGAUCUCUAAACCUUCUCCAUUAUGUGAUUACUCUGUUUCUGAAGAUGCUUUCUAUUUAUGUAAAUAAAUG